AUGGCAUCAAUUACCUGCAUCAACCGAGUAUCUACCCUCACAAGACCACCUGUCUGUAACGCCUGUCGAACGGCUGCCUCACAAGGGAGCCGACAAUGGCAGCAAAUUCGUUGGAGUUCACAUGCUCCCACAUCUCCUGCACUGAUGGCCAGAGGCCAGAAACCCGUCACCAUCCAAACAUUGCAGAAAAUGCACGCUGAAAAGAGUCCUAUCACAAUGUUGACGGCGCACAAUUUUCCAUCAGCGUUGAUGGCACAAGAAGCUGGAAUGGACAUGAUUUUGGUGGGGGAUUCACUUGCCAUGGUGUCCCUCGGCAUGCCAGACACCUCUGAAGUCACUCUCGACGAGAUGAUCAUGUCCGCCCGAGCGGUUAGUCGAGCUGUGACUCGGUCUUUUACCGUUGGAGAUCUUCCAAUGGGUUCCUACGAGAUCAGCCCCGAACAGGCACUGGCCAGUGCAAUCCGCAUGGUGAAAGAAGGCCGAAUGCAAAGCGUCAAACUCGAAGGAGGAACCGAAAUGGCCCCCGCCAUAAAAAAGAUCACUUCUGCAGGUAUCCCACUCUGCGCACAUAUUGGUCUCACCCCACAACGCCAGCACGCUCUUGGUGGUUUUCGUGUUCAGGGUAAUACCCUUGACAAAGCCAUGUCAUUACUCAAGGACGCCAGAGCCGUCGAAGAAGCCGGAGCAUUUGCCGUCGUUUUGGAAUGUGUUCCCCCGGACAUUGCCGAAGAGGUGACGAAUGCAUUGACCAUCCCCACAAUUGGCAUUGGUGCAGGAAACAAGACCAGCGGCCAGGUUUUGGUGCAAAUUGAUAUGCUUGGAGUUCGACCACCGGAGUCCUUUAUGCCCAAGUUUGUCAAGAAGUAUGGUUCCAUGUGGGAUACAGGUCUCGCUGCCAUUAAACAAUACAAAGAUGAAGUUGGUGAUCGAAGCUACCCCGGGCCCCAACAUGUGUAUAAGAGUGAUGCUAAAGUAACAGAAGCGUUCAAGAGUGCUCUUCAGUCUGGCGAAAAGUAG